GACUCGUGGCAACUUAGUCACUCGGUUGUGAACCGUCGGGCGAACAACGAUUUAACAACGCACACCUCGUGGCAGCCCCGUACGAAGCUUUCGCUCGUCUUUUGUAUUUUCGGAUCGGCGCCGCCGCGGCUACUGGAACAUGGCUGCCAAGGCUCGUCGUAACGCUUGCCUCGUCGGUGUCCUUUUGCUCCUUGGAAUUCAAUUGGCCACAUGCAAAUCGGUGGAUGAAACAUUCAAAGAUGACCAUUAUAAUGCAAGAGUGUUAAGCUUAAGUAAACGGGAAGUCGAAGAGGAGAGCAGCGACGAACAAACGACAACUUUAUCCGCGGAAGAUAAUUCGGAGUGGGAGAAUGACGACGAGACAACGCCAAUCCCGACAACAAGUACGCCAAAGCCUUACAAAAAGCGAAGGCCAAUGAUAAAAAGAAAGAUUACAACUACGACUACCGAAUCUAGCGAGGAGGAGCCGAUAACAGCAUCUACAGUGGAGGAGGAGAAUGACAGCAGCGGCAGCAACAACAACAACAACAACAACAACAACAACGAUGACGACAACGACGAGCAAGAAGAAAGGAUGACUCCAUCGGUUAAGCCCCUACUGGCUAACAAGUCAAAGUCGAAGAAAAAAGUCAAGCCAACUGCUGUUGCUGCUACUCCAACUAUCGGUGACAGAAUAAAACCGGAAGGGGAGGCGCCAUCGACCAUCGACUCCAAUAUCCCAAAACAGCCAUCCUCGAAUCUUCUUCCACCGAUGCCUCAUAACUACUUUCCCCAAAACUACAAUGGCUUUCUAACCCCAGCGCAGAGUCCAGCUUUUGCACCUUGGGGCUUCGGUCCCAUUUACGCGCCAGCUCCCAUGGCCUAUGAUUAUCCUCACCCAACUGGACCAGCUUUCAGUGAUGCCAAAGUCGAGGAGGGUAGUAGCGUGACUCUUGGCAAUGGUUUCGCUAGCGCCAGUGCUAGCGCCGGCGGUGCUGGUGGCGCCGUCUCCACCUCAACUUCCCCUGGUAACGGCUACAACCGCGCAUCCAACUCGUUUGGUACUCACGGCGGCUCAAUCCCAGCUGGAGGGAGCCACCAGAAUACCGGCUCCUUCGUUAGCAUUCGCGGUAGCUUUCCGGCUUCCGAUGGCGAGUCCGUGGGAAUCGAAGUUAACGGCCCUGCGGCAACAGGUAGGACGAUGCUCCAUCAAUCUCGAGGCAAAUAUUCGAGCGCAUUAAAAGCACAUUCUUUAUCUUAUUUCCUAGGUGGGCAAUCUUAUCAACCAAAUUAUUCAGCAUCCGUACCUGUUUACGCGGGCGCUCCACCUUAUGGAUCUAAUCCGUACGGCAAUAGCCUCCCGAAUUACGCCGGCUACGCCAAUCCCGUCGAUUUCCAAUCAUUUUUCCAACAGUACUUCGCCGCUCUUCAGGCUCAGCAACAAGCGUUUCAGCAACAAUUGCAGGCUCAAAUAGAUGCGCAACGCCAAGCUGGUGGUGGUGGUGGUGAUGGUUUUGUUUCAUCCGGUGCCUAUAUCACGAACGAUGAAGGAAAGAUCGAUCCGAAAGCUCAAGUUUAUGUAAACACUUAUACCUCGUCGAAUCAUGUACCUUCCACUUCGGUGAACUCUCGUUCCGGUUCAGGGGGCUCUAGAAGCUCCGUUUCCACUUUACCUUACGCAAGCAAUAAGAAUCUUAAUAGAAUUUGGGAACAAAGUAAUCAGGUGGAUAGUAAUUUUGGCGCUUACGGCGGUUCUCCUUCCAACGGACCACAAGGCGCAUUCGCUACUGCCAGCAUUGGACCAAAUGGCGGCUUCCAAGCCGCCCAUAUAAGCCCGGCUUCUCCUGGUAUCUUCUCGCGCUUCGCCGAGGACAUUCCACCGCCGGGUGGCAAGCAGUACGGCGUCUUCAGCAGCUCGAGCUCCAGUUCGUCAACGGGUCCGGACGGUAAGCAGAUCGCUCACAAGUCCGCUACCAUCGGCAUCAACGACAACGGCAAGGUCACCUACAAGACCGUGCACGACCCCUGAUUGAGCGGUCGACCUUGUACGAUCAAGUUCUUCGAUAUAUAUAUAUUUUUUUUUUUUUUUUUUUUUUUUUUUUUUUUAAACUAACGCUAAGUAGGUGAUUAAGGCGAGUGUCUCUCGGGCACCGAGGGCGGCUAUAUACGCUUAUGAUUAUUCAAUAAACGAAAAAUACCUUUCUUUUAUUAAA